AUUCUUUUUCCAUCCCUAACAUAAAGAGUGCCGUUCUCUCAAAAAAGUAUUAGAAAAAAGCUUAAAUCCCUCUCUGGUUUUUCAAUUUCUUUCUAGGGUUUGAAUUUGAGGUUGUUCUUAAAAAAAAGGAGCUAAUUUUUGUUUCAGAUCCUCAUCUUUUCACAUAUUCUUUCAAAAACUGAAUGAUCAAUGGAGUCUAAAGGUGGUGAGGAAUCUUCUAGUAGUAGUAGUAGUAGUAAAUCAUUAUUCUACGAAGCUCCCCUCGGAUACAGCAUCGAAGACAUUAGGCCCAACGGUGGAAUCAAGAAAUUCAGAUCUGCUGCUUACUCCAACUGCGCUCGCAAACCAUCCUGAGAUUCGCUAAAUUUCCCGACAUAACCCCCUUUAUUGCUUUCUUAAAUUGUCAUUCCUUUGUCUGCAUUUCUUUUAUACUUCCCUCGAAUCUCCUCGUUCACUCAAAAUUCCUUAAAAAUCUUAGUUGUUCCUCUUUAAUUCUAAACUUUAAUUCAAAAUGGCCGUAACUGCAUCUCCUAUUGGAUUCGAAGGCUUCGAAAAGAGGCUUGAAGUGUCUUUCUCUGAUCCUGGAUUCUUUGCUGAUCCGAAAGGGUUGGGCCUCCGUUCUCUGUCGAGGUCUCAAAUUGAUGAAAUUCUUAAGCCGGCUGAAUGCACUAUUGUCGACUCGCUUUCAAAUGAUGAUGUUGAUUCUUAUGUCCUUUCCGAGUCUAGUCUGUUUGUGUAUUCAUACAAAGUUAUCAUCAAAACUUGUGGGACUACCAAGUUGCUUCUCUCAAUCCCUGCAAUCUUGAGAUUGGCUGAUACCCUAUCACUCACUGUCUGUUCGGUGAAGUACACCCGUGGGAGCUUCAUAUUUCCCGGUGAGCAGUCAUUCCCUCACCGUAGCUUCUCUGAGGAAGUAGCUGUUCUCGAUGGCCAUUUCUGCAAACUUGGUUUGAACAGUGUGGCCUAUGUCAUGGGUAGUCAAGACAAAACUCAAAACUGGCAUGUUUACUCUGCUUCUGCCAACUUGAAGCGCGGUUCUAGCGCUGUCUACACUUUGGAAAUGUGCAUGACUGGUUUGGACAGAGAACGAGCUUCUGUGUUCUUCAAAACAAACACCAGCUCAGCUGCUGCGAUGACCGAGAAUUCCGGUAUCAGGAAAAUCCUUCCACAAUCUGAGAUAUGCGACUUUGAAUUUGAUCCCUGUGGGUACUCCAUGAAUGCCAUUGAAAGAGAUGCAAUUUCUACAAUUCACAUCACUCCAGAAGAUGGGUUUAGCUAUGCAAGUUUCGAGUGUAUGGGUUACAAUUUGAAGGAGAUGAACUUGACUGUGCUGCUUGAAAGGGUUCUAUCUUGCUUUGAACCUAAUGAAUUCUCCAUUGCGCUGCAUUCUAAUAUCCAACACGAUGAGAUGAGAUUCUCUCCCGAUGUGAAGGGGUAUUCCUGCGGAAUGAGAAACUAUGAAGCACUUGGGAACGGUGGAACAAUCGUUUACUACAGUUUCGAGAGAAGCAAAGGCUGCGCAUCACCGAGAUCAACCCUGAAAUGCUGUUGGAGCGAGAGCGACGAGGAAGUUGAAGAGGCGUAGUUUGUUUUGUUUGUUAUGUGUUGUCUUAGUACUGUUUAGCUAAAUAAAAUGUUGUGGGGUUAUGAUUGUGAGACUAGUAACUGUUUGUUUGUCGUGUCUGUUGAAUUCUGUUUUUUUCAUGAAUUGUUUAAGUUUAUAUAUACAAUUAUUCUACAA